AUUGCUAUUUUAUUGUGCAGGUGUUAUUGGUGAUGAACUAGAACCAGAUUUCAGUAUGACUGAUUAGUGUGAUGGCAAACAUGGACAAUCAUUAGACUUAUUGAGGCACUGGACUUCAGAUCACAUGACUGGAUCACGUGACUUCUCUUUGUUUUGCGAAAAAGGACUACAGUCAGACACCAGACGAGACAAGAUGAGUGAUGCCAAGGUUCUGUAUGAACGUGAAAGUGUGUGUAUUCAUACGCAGACUUCAGACAUGAACGAGCGAAUCAUCAGCGGGUCACUCAAGUUGAUAAAAUACAAAGAUGGAGAAUCUUUCAUUGAGUGGCAACCCCAUUCACCUCUUGGGGAAGAUGUUUUUACCGAUCAUGAUUGGACGGUUAUUGAUGCAACUUCAGUUCCUGCAAUGAAUUCUAGUUCUAUUGAGAAACCUGAAACUUCUCCACAAAUACAACCUAGAACAUACCUUCCACCGGGAUAUGUUAGGCAGACAGUGAACAGAACAUCAUCAGACCGAUUGUCUAUUACGGAAGACAUGGAACUACUGAGUAUUGUCAAUUGCCAACCAAGAGCUUCAGACACUGCACCUACUACUAGUGAUCCUGUGUGUGGAAGCAAUAAUUUGCAGUUUGGACUGGUUGAAGUGGAGUCAGUGAAAAUAGUUCGAUCUCAAUUGAAGUGGUCUUAUGUUGUCUUCUCUCUCACAUCCGGAGAAACUUUACCAUCUUUAUAUUUCCAUCUUGGAGGCAUAAAAGAGUUUCUGAAGAUACUUCAAAAAUCUUUGUGCUUGUCGAAAGUUAAGCAAGAAGAUGAUGCAUCACUCUACGUUGUGGAUAAAUCAGUUCAAACACUGAGGCACAGCGUUCAUGGUUUGGACUAUGAUGAGGAUGAUGCAGCCAAUCUCACUACAAGUUUGUUUGGUGAGGCCCUUACUGGAGCCAUGGGUGGACUGUCACGUGUCACACGGUUCAUUCGAGGUGCUUUAGGUAACAAGACUGGUCUGGAAGAAAGACGACCAGCAUCAGAGAAAGCGAUGACAGAGGACAGUCUUUUAGCAGAUGACAGUCUUUUAGCAGAUGACACUAUUUUAGAUUGUCAUUCUAGCCAGAAUGGAUAUGAGGUUGUUGUGAAGGACUCGUCCCCAGAACCUUUGGCAACUGAACAACGACUAACGCCUAUGACUACGUCAGAAUGGAAAAGCUAUCUUGAUACUGAAGGGCGUGUUUGCGAUGUUGUUUCAUUUAAGGCACGAGUCUUCUCAGGGGGUGUGGAACCUGAGUUGAGACGAGAAGUUUGGAAGUUUCUCUUGGGUUAUUGUGAUUAUACAGCUACAGACUCAGAAAGAGCCGUUCACAGAGAACAAAAAGCAGAAGAGUAUUACACUAUGAAAAAGCAGUGGUCAACUAUGUCUGCGAGGCAAUUGGAUAACUUCACCUUGCUCAAAGAUAGACAACACCUUAUUGAGAAAGAUGUCCAGCGAACAGAUCGUUUACUUCAGUAUUACAAAGAUGGUCAUGGAAGAGGACUAGUUCUUCUCAAUGACAUUUUAAUGACAUAUGGAAUGUACAACUUUAACUUGGGUUAUGUGCAAGGAAUGAGCGAUCUGUUGUCGCCUAUUGUAAUAGUUAUGGAUGAUGAGGUGGACGCUUUUUGGUGCUUUGUCGGAUUUAUGAGUGGUAGAGUGGAUGAACAGUUUGCAGAGGAUCAGCUUGGCAUGAAGACUCAGUUAACACAGUUGUCAACACUGAUUAGGCUCAUGAUGCCAUCAUUUGGUCACUAUCUCAGAAAACAAGAAUCAGAAAAUGUAUACUUUUGCUUUCGGUGGCUGUUGUGCCGCUUUAAACGUGAAUUUUCAAUAGAGGAGACAAUGAGAGUAUGGGAAGUUCUUUGGUCCAACCAUCUCUCCGAAGAGUUUCAUUUGUUUAUGUGUUUGGGAAUUCUUCAUCAUCAAAAAGAUGAAAUUAUGAAGAACAACCUGGGAUUCAACGAUAUCCUCAAGUAUAUCAAUGACUUGGCUGGACACAUAGACUUGGAGCAGGCCCUGGUGACUGCUCGAGCUUUCUGUGAUCGAUUUCAGUGCAUGCCAAAAGUUCCUAUGUCACUACAAGGGUUGAGGCACAGUCCUUCUAUUGACGAUUCUCUUCAGUCCACUCCUGCAUUGGAUUGGUCAGCGGAUACAAGCUCGGUUGUGGCAGGAUACACAUGAAUGAAAAGUGUAGUUUAUUAAUCUAUAAAGAUAAGAAUUGCUGUGGGAUAUUUUGUUUAGUAUUGCUAAGUGGGAAAUGUGGUAGUUUUGCAAUGAAGGGUUUGGACGGUAUGCCAUGUUUUUGAUCGGAACAUAAAAUCAACCUAUGCAUGUACUGUAUAUUGAUAUUACAAGGAGUGAAUGCUUGGAUGUGUUUAAUGGCAUAUGAGCUUGAAUGACU